UACAAACUGUCAAAGAUAAAACGAUUACAAAAUAUCGGCAGCGGCUAAUUUUUGCACUAAAGAAAACUUUCUGCACUGCAGUACAGCAAACAAUUGCCCAAUCGCUGGAAAAGAGCAGUAUAAGCGCUAUGAAUUCCUUGCAGCAAAAAUUCCUAUACUACAGUAGACGGAAAUCGUUUCGCUACGGUGUUCCGUUCCUGCUGCUGAUUGUCGGUGGUUCCUUCGGAUUGCAACAGUUCGCCCAGCUAAGGUACACAUUUUCAAAGAAAGGAUCGCUUACGAGACAGGAGGCGGAAAAGUAUGGAAUCAACAUGAAGAAGAAGGAGGACGUUACGCUCGAAGGCGAGUUCGAGAAGAUCAAGGAGCUGGACAUUGAACACUGGGACAACGUACGGGGGCCCCGACCAUGGGAGGAAACAAGCCCACCCUCCACCGGGACCGAUGCAAAGCAUUGAGUGCCGGCUUCGCCUGUCUAGCGCCCUGUUGUUGUAAAAAGUUAUACCGUUUUCACUAGAAAAUACACUUUUAUUUUCUCGCA